AUGAAAGAAUCAGAUAUAAACGACAAACACGUUCAAGGUAAGAUGAAUGGAGAAAAAGAGGACAACCUUGUCAGGGAGAAUACUGAAGAUUCAACUUUUGUUAGUGGACUCGCCCCUUCUCUCAUUCCUAUGUUACCUUCACCGUCGCCUUCUCCAACGGAUUCAAACUUUGUUUCGCAUUUGGGUCCCGCUGAAAAGAAAGAAACCCCAUUAGCAGAAGAAUCCCGCAAAUCCGUCACCUCUUCUUCUCUGUCCCAAACGCCAGCAGAUGAUAUUAACUCGAGGCUAAAAGCGGAAGGGCAUAGCUCCUCAAUGUCAGAAUUUGGCACCCCCGGUGGCCACGUUGCGGAUCAGAUCAGACUAAGAAUCAAAAAAGUAAUAGGUACCACAGCACAGUCAAAGUCAGCUUUUUGUACCGUGGGGCCAUUAAUUACGUACACUGCUGGAGCUGGAUCUGUUCUUGCUCGGCUGGACACGAGCAACGGUUCUGUCGUCUCUCAACGAUUCUUUUGCACGUCAACUAAGGUAGUGCAAAUGAUUCAAGCAGCUGCCAAUAGUCCUACCAGUUUAAGUUGGUCAACCUGGCGCACAAUGUUUGACGCCUCCUCUAUUCCUGCUCUCUAUAAUGGUGGUGUUUUACCAAGGGAUUCAUAUGGUUACUUAAUUGUUGGGGCUGAAAACCCUAAUCGACCAGGAACGGUCUUGACUCCAAUUCUUCCCUCCGGACAAAACAACGACGAUACUUUGUCAGUACUUGGUGGAAACUCACCUGCUGCUGGCGAUUAUCCACACUCACCAGGAUCACGGAGUGUGCCUUCAGCAAAAGAUAAAAUGAAAACUACUAGCUCAGUAGCCUUGUCUUCUGAUGGUAAACUACUAGCAGUAGGUGAGGUUGGACAUCAACCUCGUAUAUUCAUAUAUUCGACGGCUCCCGAUUCCAGCUCAUUACCGCUUGCAAUUCUAAAUGAACACAGAUUUGGAAUCAAGUCCCUUGCCUUCAGUCCUUGUAAUAAGUAUCUUGCAUCUUUGGGAACUACGAAUGAUGGCUUCUUACAUAUUUGGUCGUUAGCACUAAAAGAAGGCUCAAUUCGCCUGCAUGCGACAAAUAGGUGUAUUUCAGUCAUCAACGAUAUGAAAUGGAUGGGCCCCUCAUCCUAUGUUGUAACUGUAGGUGUUCGUCAUGUUCGGUUGUGGUCGGUCGAUGGCCAGAACUCCACAGCGCCUAUCAACAAGAAACAGCAAAUAGACCCUAAAGCUGGCGUCUUAUCGGGUAGAAAUGUGGUGCUUGGUGACUUUUCGCAGGCUACCUUUACAACAGUAGUCGCUAUUAGCGAUAACAUGGCGAUAGUGGCUACGGAUGUGGGAGACGUGGCAACUCUAGAAUGCAAUAAUGAUGACAAGCCUGUUUUUAAAUCCCGAAUGGGUUUAGGCUUCGAGAUCUCGGCUGUAGAUGUAGAUAUAUUCGAUCACAUUGUCUGGGUUGCUUGUGCAAAUGGAACUAUUAGGUAA